AGGUGGGGAGAAACUUGAGGUGUUUUGCGCUGUGUUUCGCUGACGUCACCACCGUGUCGCAGUGACGUCGUUCUUGUGCCCUGCAGGAGCCAUGCGUGUGAACGAGGACACGGCGCUGAGGGGGCACAGGGUGCUGCUGGUGCCGUACGAGCCUCACCAUGUGCCCAGGUAUCAUGAAUGGAUGAAGUCAGAAGAGCUGCAGAAACUGACUGCCUCCGAGCCGCUGACCCUGGAGCAGGAAUAUGACAUGCAGCGCAGCUGGAGGGAGGAUAAUGACAAGUGCACCUUCAUCAUACUGGAUAGAGAACGGUGGGAUCAAGGCAGUCCAGAAGAUCAGUGUAUGGUGGGAGAUGUCAACCUCUUCAUGGUCGAUCCUGAAAACCCCUCAUUGGCAGAGAUGGAGAUCAUGAUUGCAGAGCCCACGUUCCGUGGCAGAGGGUUUGGUGAAGAGUCUGCGCGCCUCAUGUUGUACUAUGGUGCUACGACUCUGGGGAUCUCUACGUUUCAGGCUAAAAUCGGACAGGAGAACGUAACAAGUGUGCGGUUAUUUAAUAGAUUGCACUUCCAGGAGGUGUCCUAUAGCUCAGUAUUUCAGGAGAUGACCCUGCUCUGGGAGGUGACAGAGACAGAAAGGCAAUGGCUCCUGGAUUCCGUUCAUGUAACCGUGGAAUCUUAUAGGGAAAUUAUACAGAACCGAGAAGUGAAUGUCCAUGAUUAGGGGCACAGCCUGCGGGGCAGAAGGGCUGCUAUUGUGCGAAAGCACCAUUCCGAGAAUACGGGGUAUCUGCCUGAAGAUACGUAAAGGCACCAGGCAAGGUUAAAAGCACCUUGUUUCCCUCAGUAGGAAUGUACAAUAAGCUAUCGAAUACAUUUGGGUAAUAAGUCGGUUCACAUGAUGUGGCCCCUGCUGUUAGGAAAAUGAAUAGAUGGAGGUGCAGUUGUGUUGCUAAACCUAUUCAUAGUCAGAACAGUCUGGAUGCUGCCUUAUAAAGCUUGUUCAUAGGAGAAGGAAUGGACACCUCGAUAAAGAAACCUUGUAAAUGGAAGAAUUUAUGAAGAUGAUGUAAACUUACAUCUGUGACCAUUUCCUUUCACUGUUUACAGGGGACUUAUCUCACCUUUGUAGUUUUCGGUGAGGUGGCCCUUUGUUCCUUUGCCUUGCAAUCAAGGAGGAUUACAGAAAUCUGUAAGUACUUGUACCUCACGGUACAACAGUCACUGCACAUGUGCAACCACCUCUCUGCUGGGGCACAGACCACCAUGUUGCCAUAAAACAUCCAAACCACAUCUCCACCAAAAAUACGGAUCAGGACCUUCUCAACAUGAGGACUCAGCCACGACUGGUUUGGCACAUCAUGGAUCCUCACCAGACCCAACCACCGAUACAGUUUUAUGACUUGCAGCAGAACAAAAAUUUUACAUUUUUGUGAAUUUUGUAGUUAUUUGGAAUGAGCAGGAAGAGGCUAUCCUGUCCAAAAUUGAUUAUAGUAAUAUAUCUGUGUAGCUUUGGACCAUAAGACCUUGCGCAGCAAUCAGGGAUGGGAGGGAUCCUGCUCGUAAAUAAAGUGAUAAACUGUCUAGACACAAAAGUACAAGGCCACAAGAUGUUCUUGAAAACAAUUCAUGGUAGACACGGCCAGACGUCGGUAACGCCUAGAAGAUAUAAUGCAACAACAAAGCUAAGGGCUGCAUUAGACCUAGCAAUAGUCAGGCAGAUCAUUGCUCGUUAGCGAUCUGUGUGAUAGUGCCACUGAUCACCCGAUGAACGAGCAUCAGGCAAUAGCAAUCAUAUAGCAGGUUUUGCCGGCCACAGAUGCACAGUGCUGUCUAAUCACAAUCUGCUGCCGGCAAAUAAUGAUUCUGUACGGGGACAAGUAAUGGCAUAGUAAUCGCUCAUUCCUAUACUGCGGAGGAGAUCAUUGCAUAUAAAUGCAGUGGUCUCCUCAACUAACGAGCAGCUAAUUGUCAGGAAUGAACGCUUCCGUCCUGACAAUCAUAUGUGAAUUGUAAUACAGCCUUUAGUUGUAGGCUUCAUGCUAUAAACUCUGACUAUAGCUGUCAAUAUAGUUACAGCUACAUGAAUAAGUAAGUGAACAGGGAGGAGAUGUGAGCUGCAGCGGGAUCUCUCUCUGUAUUAGACCUAAAGAGGACAUAUAGGGGGUCAUUUACUCAGGGGUGCACCACCAAUGAGACCUCGGCCAACACCAGGUAGGGGCAAGAGUGGGGCAGCAGAAGGGCCAUGGGCUGAAGGUAAGGGGUUAAGUUAAAAAAUUGGUAAGCGGGGGGGGUUUCAGUUUUCACCUCAGGCAGCAGAAAGGCUAGGUGUACCCGUGCAUUUACUAAUCUGAAAUACGCCUAAAUUAGGCACAUUUCAGGUGCAGAUGGCAGCGCAACGACUUCUCUCCGCUCACACAGGGUCUAAAACUGGAAAGAGGAUGGGCCAUCAGGAGCGUCUCAUUUAUCAGUUUCUACGCCUGUUCUCAGCAGAAGUUUGGACUUCACCACCAGGUGUCUUGGUACUCUCUUAGCGGCUAAUGACACCAUUUCCUAAUAGUUAUAUAUCCUGCUAUUAAUAAAAUGUCCAUGAUCAAUA